AGUGCGCUGUGGGAUAGUGGCAGUAUAAAGUAUAUCCUCUCUCGGACAGAGAUAAGAAGCCCUAGGCAGGAGGGGAUGAAGAUGGCGGACGCCAAGCAGAAAAGGAAUGAACAGUUAAAACGGUGGAUAGGCUCGGAGACAGAUCUCGAACCACCUAUCCUGAAAAAGAAGAAGACGAAGGUGAAGUUCGACGAUGGCGCUGUGUUUUUGGCAGCCUGCUCGGCCGGCGAUACCGAGGAGGUGCUACGAAUGCUGGACCGGGGCGCUGACAUAAACUACGCCAAUGUAGACGGUCUCACUGCCCUACAUCAGGCCUGCAUAGACGAUAACGUGGACAUGGUGACGUUCCUAGUGGAGCAUGGGGCGAGCAUCAACCAACCAGACAACGAGGGCUGGAUCCCUCUUCACGCUGCGGCCUCAUGUGGAUACCUGGACAUAGCCGAGUAUCUAAUCGGUCAGGGGGCGAGUGUGGGCGUGGUCAACAGCGAAGGUGAGACGCCAUUGGACAUCGCCGAGGAAGAGGCCAUGGAGGAGCUUCUGCAGAAUGAGAUCAACCGACAAGGAGUGGACAUCGAGGCGGCCAGGAAAGAGGAGGAGCGCAUCAUGCUCCGGGACGCGCGGCAGUGGCUCAACAGCGGGCAGAUCAGCGACGUGCGGCACGCCAAGUCGGGAGGCACGGCCAUGCACGUGGCCGCUGCCAAGGGAUACUCGGAGGUUUUAAAGCUUUUAAUCCAGGCAGGGUAUGAUGUAAAUAUUAAAGACUUUGACGGCUGGACUCCUCUGCAUGCUGCGGCUCAUUGGGGGAAGUCGGAAGCGUGUAGAAUACUAGUCGAGCAACUGUGCAACAUGGAUCUGAUCAAUAAAGUGGGUCAGACGGCGUUUGAUGUGGCAGACGAGGACGUACUGGCCUAUCUAGAGGAGCUCCAGAAGAAACAGAACCUGAUGGAGAAGAAGGAUGUGAAGAAGUCACCUUUGAUAGAAACUACAACUACUGGGGAUAACAAUCAGUCAUUGAAACCAAUGAAAAGCAAAGAGACGCUCUUGCUGGAGCCAGAGAAGACUGCUCCUCGCAUCGAGACCCUGGAGCCGGAGAAGGUGGAUGUGGAGGAGGAGGGCAAGAAGGACCAGGAGUCCAGCUGCUCCAGCGAGGAAGAGGAGGAAGAGGACUCCGAGUCCGAAAACGAAGCAGAGAAAACCAAGCCGGCCGCACCUGCCAGCAACACCAACACCAACAGCACCGCACCGGCCCCCACUACCGUCACCAUCACCGCCCCCACCAGCUCCACCAACCAGGUGGCCCCCACCUCACCCGUCAAGAAGGAGCCCCUGGCCUCUGCAGCCCUACCGGAGAGUACUGAGGAGGAGGAGGAGGAGCAGCUGUCUGGUGGCAAGAUCUCACCCAAGGACGACAAGGACGAGUCUCCAGCCUCGUGGCGCCAGGGCCUGCGCAAGACGGGCAGCUACGGAGCCCUGGCCGAGAUUACGGCCACCAAGGAGGCGCAGAAGGAGAAGGACACGGCCGGCGUCAUGCGCUCGGCCUCCAGCCCCCGCCUGUCCUCCUCGCUGGACAACAAGGAGAAGGAGAAGGAGAAGGAGAAGGAGAAGGGCCGGCUGGCGUACGUGGCUCCCACCAUCCCCAGGAGGCUGGGCAGCACAUCCGACAUCAACGAGAAGGAGAACAGGGACUCUGCUGCUAGUUUGGUGCGCAGCGGCUCCUACACCAGGAGACGCUGGGACGAUGACCUGAAGAACAAUGAAGGAACCGCCCCCACCAACAGAACCUCCAGCUAUCAGCGCAGCACGUCCCACACGCUAGCGCUGGGCCGGAGCGGCAGCACGCGGGACGUGCCGGCCAAGUCCCCUUCGGCCUCCAGCCUGGACCCUAACACCUGUAACACUAAACCCUGGCAGGCCUCGUCCUACUACCAGUCUUACAGCAUUCACCGAAGCGGUUCGUUUGGUCGGAGGAACGAGGACUCGCUCACCUCCUCUUCUGCCCCGUCCUCCACCUCCACCACCACCACCUCUUCCUCCUCCACCACCUCUGCCCUCAGCGGGAGCAGCAGCAUCACCUCCCCCACGGGCCACCGCAGCCUGCUGUCCAGCCUCAGCUCUGGCACCUCCUCCUCCACCACCACCUCCACACGCCCCUCCUCCACCAGCCUCACCAGCAGGUACUGGUCGGAGGAGAGCGUGGACAAGGAGAAGGAGAAGGAAUCGGCCGCGGUCAUCCCCACCAUCAACACUGCCUCCACCACCACCACCUCCACUACUGGCACUGGGCUGGGCCCAGAUGGCAGAGAGAGACGCAGAUCAUACCUCACUCCUGUCCGGGAUGAAGAGUCGGAGUCCCAGAGGAAAGCUCGUUCAAGACAGGCCAGGCAGUCCAGGAGGUCUACCCAGGGGGUGACCCUGACAGACCUGCAGGAGGCAGAGAAGACCAUCGUGCGCAGCCGUGGCAGCACGCGCCGCGAGGAGGAGAAAGAGGAGAAGGAGAAGCAGGACAAGGAGAAGCAGCAGGAGGAGAAGAAAGAGACGGAGGCCAAGGAGGACGACUUCAGGUCACGCUAUCGCAGCAGCACAUCGGACGAACCCUACUCGCGCUACAGCAGGACCAGUUCCACCUCCUCGGUGGGCAGCACCCUGGGUCUGGGUGGCUCCUCGGGCUCCACUCCCUCCAGCUCCUCUGGCCUCAGCACCACCUCCUCCGGCAGCGCGCUCUACUCCUCCCUCAACCGGCCCAACUCCCUCUCCGGCAUCACCUCCUCCUACUCCCGCACCUCCGCACGCGAUAUAGACAAAGAGUCAGACAAGAAGGAGGAGGACAAGGAGGAAAGUAAGUCCCAGCCACGCUCCAUAAAAGACCGCCGACGCCCACGCGAGAAGAGACGCUCCACCGGGGUCCCUUUCUUUACUCAGGAUAGUGAUGACAAUGAUCCUGAUCAGCUGUCUGACUCGGAGGAGGGGGGCAGUAGAGAACCACAGAGUGACCGACUGUCCAGGAACGACUCCGGCCUGACUAGCACUUCCUCCAGCGACCGCUAUGAGCACCUGUCGAGCCGUGCGCACGGCGAGGGCCGCAGGCCAUACUCCAGCCGGCUGGACCGAGACGACAGCACUGACUACAAGAAGCUUUACGAGCAGAUCCUAGCAGAAAAUGAGAAGCUCAAAGCGCAGUUACGCGACACAGACCUGGAGUUGGCAGACUUGAAGCUUCAGCUGGAGAAGGCAACACAGAGGCAGGAACGCUUCGCUGAUCGCUCGCAGCUGGAGUUGGAGAAAAGGGAAAGAAGGGCCCUAGAAAGGAAGAUUUCUGAGAUGGAGGAGGAACUCAAGAUGCUACCAGACUUGAAAGCAGACAACCAGAGACUCAAGGAUGAGAACGGAGCCCUUAUUCGAGUUAUUAGCAAGCUUUCCAAAUAGAAACAGAUUCCCUGCACCCAACCACUCACCCACCUUACCCACCCACACACACCUCUCCUAUACCCUCUCUCACACACGCACCUACACACACACACACACACUCACACACACACCUCUUCACACCUUCACAAACACCACCUCACUCUCCUUUCACCCGCUGCCCUCCCUCCCUCUAUCGGUGUCUGUGUUUCCCUCCCAUGGCAGCAAACUAAUGGUAUUGCACAUUUAGAUAUUAAUUAUAAAACAAAAAAGACAUGAGUGACAAGAAAGCCCCUCCUUUCCUGCUCAGUCCCUUCUUUUCUGUUUUUCCCCCUUUUCUUUUUUUUUCUUUUCUUUUUUUUUUCAUUUACCAGAUUUUAUGUCUAUUUUUGCCCCUAUUUUUUCGGUCUUAUAUUUUGGCUCACCUUAUUGGGCUUCCCAUUCUCUCACCCCUCCACUGCAAACACCUUUCUCGCACCCACCACCCCACCUCACCUCACCCCACCCCACCCCACAUCACCUCUCUUAGAUUAUAUUAUUGUUUCCUUUGUCUUUCUUUUUAUUUUUUUUACACCGCUGCCCCUAGACAGAGAAACACAGAGUUUACAGCAAGCGACAGCGGUGCGUCAUAGCAUUGAGAAAAAAGAAGAAGAAAAGAUUUUAAAAACAAAACAAAAAUGAACAAAAAAAUUAAGAAAGCUGGUGGUCAGGGAACGCCUCGAAGACUAUUUAACCAAUAAGCCUUAGUUGUAUAUAAAUGAAAGGAGGACAAUGAAAGAAAAAAACACUUUUUGCUUUGAUCUCUUGGGAAGUCACAGAAGAGCAGUUAUAUUCACCACCUAUUUCUUUUUUUAAUUUGUGCCACAGAAUAUUGUUUUUCUUUUGUUCUUCCUCAUUGAUUACUCUUUUGUUUUUAUUUUUCCCAGUAUCCCCCUUUCCACCAUCCUCCCUCUCUCCCAACACCUCAUCCUCAUCCGACAUACACACACACACACCCCACACACACACACACACACACACACACACACACACACACACACACACACACACACACACACACACACACACACACACACACACACACACACACUUACGCAGACCACACACACACCUGUGGUGGUUUUACCCUGACUGUAGUUUCUUAACGGAGGGCAUCAGAAUUCUGGCUUUACCGAAAACCGGUGGACCCUGGUGGAAAUUUGAAGCUUUCACUGUAUGUGCAAUAUGCAUUUCUUACUUAUAAAAAAUGCUUUAAUGACGAGUCCAUCAAUAUUGUUAAAAGGUUUUACUCCUUUCCCUCACACCCAUUUUGCUCAACCCCCAAUCCACCCCCAUUUUUCUGUCUCUCUCUCUCUUUUUUUUAAGUUUGUAGUGUAGCGUUGGUUUAUAUUCUUAAAUUCUCACUAUGUUUUUAGCAGGUACUUGAGUGAAACUGUAUAUACCUGUAUGUAUCGUUUGAGACAAACACCUGGCAUGCAUUUAUGUUUCCCGUCUGUUACUAUUAAAACUAUUACAAAUUCCAGAGGACAUAAAGUGUGUUCUAAGAAACGACUUCCUUCCUUCUCUCUUUCAUUCCUUCCCUCUUGUAUGUUUGUUCCUUUUUCCCCCUCUCCAUCCUUCUUUAUUAAUCUGAAGACAUUGAAUUUACUGUAGAGCUAAUGGGGCUACAAAAAAGUUCAGUGGUUUUAUUUCCUUCUCUUUUAUUCAGUUUUUUUUUUUUUACAAAGUGUUCCACGAAACAUUGUGAGAUGAGAAAUAAUAAUAUAAUUGCUUCACUACAUUUCACACGUAUGUAUUUAGUGUCCUUGGACAAAGAGUGCUCCCCCUUCCUAUCCACCCCUUCCUUCUCUCUCUCUCUCUCUCUCUCUCUCUCUCUCUCUCUCUCUCUCUCUCUCUCUCUCUCUCUCUCUCUCUCUCUCUCUCUCUCUCUCUUUCUCUCUCUCUCUCUCUCUCUCGCUUUCGCUGUAUUGGUUUAGUUUUUUUGUUAUUAUUAUUAUUUUUUAAAAAUAAGCCGUUAGCGCUCGUAGAGGUGUCCUUUUUGGUUUCCUCCCUCCCUGCCACAUUCUCUCUCUUCUAAGAAGAAGAGUAAGAACCGGAGAUAUUCCCUAGGUUUAUCGCUUUACCCCCCGACCCCCUUCCCAGUCUCGUACCACAAACAAACAAAAUGUCUACAUGCACUGUUGAUGCCACGCGAGGAGAGUGGGUCUUGUAAACCGGUUCGUAGCGAACCUGCCACCAUGUUGAGUUCAAGUCCAUGCAAUGGUAUAAACAUUGUUUUUAUGCUUUUAUUUUUUUUUGUUUUCAGUGGCCUUUUAAGAUGGAAAAAUUUUACUGUAGUUCAGAAUACACAAAACGUCGCUGUAGUUGGACUGUCAGCUGUCUACUCUUUUUUUUUUUUUUUUUUUUUAGAUAUUUUUUAUUAUUUUUUUCCUUUUUGGUUUUCCUCCCCUUUUUAAAUAUCCCAUUUAUCUUGUAAAAUAGGCGUGUGGCUUCAUACAUGCAAGCUGUGCUGUGACUACAAACCACUGAUGAGUUCAAUAAAAUAAACUUGUACAUUGUAA